UAUAUAGUGAUAUCUGGAAAAAAUGUAACACCCCCAGGCCCCAAGGCCCCAAUCAGCCCCAAUGGCCCCAAUAUUGCGAAUAGAGGGAGAGAGAUGACCUUGUUUUGGUUGUUGUGUGUGCUCCGGUGAAAAUUUUAAUUAUAAAUAACAUUAUUUAUAAUUUAUAUUUAUAAUUUAAUUACAAAUACUAUUAUAAUUGUAAAUAAAAAAGCUGCUAAUAAUUAAUAGAAUUAGUGUGUGUUGUAUGAUAAAUAAAUAAACAAUAAAAAAACAUGAAUAAAUUAGUUAAAAAAAAUUCUAAAAAUGUAAACAAACAACAGACACCUAAUCUCACAUUUUCACAAUUAAUAAAGCCAAGAGGUGAUAAAACACAAGAAACAAUAUAUGUUGAUCAAUAUGCAAAACUUGGUAAGGGUGAUUAUAUACGUGAUUGGUUAAUGACACAUAAACAACGUUCAAGUGAUGAUAAAUCAUCACCAUCAUCAACAAUACAAUCAUGUGUUAAUGACACACCACCUGGUAAAAGAACACCAAUGUCACCAUUAACACAAUUUACCAAUUUUAAACGUCAAAAAACUGAUAAACCACUGCCUAGAAUAUUAUUUCCAAAUAUUGAUGAAGAAGCAGUUAAUAUAUCAAAAGAAUUAUUUUCUGACAAAGAAAACAAUACUUCAGAUGAAAUAUUAUCUGAUGAAAGUUUUGAUAAACAAAAAACCAAUAAUGAUAAUAUUAAUACAUCAAGUACAACAAUAUCACCAAGAUCAAAACUUGCUGCUUUUCAUACAGGUAGAAAUAAUAUAAAUGAUAAAAAAAUAAUUAAAAAUAAUAGACCAAUAAAGGGUAAAUUUAUGAAAUCAAAUCGUCUUUUAGUUAAUCAACAAACUGAUGAUAGUUCAUUGAUAAUAUCAAGUGCAGAAUCACCAGUAUCAUUGAUGAAAAAAAAAAAUUGUUUAUCACCAAAUUCAAGUGAUAUUUGUUCAGUUAAUUCAUCACCAAUAAAACAAGUUGAUAAAAUUAUUGAACAUGAAUCAGAUGAUGAUAGAUUUGAUUUAAUUGAAUCACCAAGUGAUGCUAGUGAUAUUGAUAAUAAAGAUAAUAAAAAUACACCAAAAUAUAAUAGAAAUAUUAAAAAUAAUAUUGUUAAUAAUUUAUUAUUAAAAAAAGUUAAAAAAAAUUUUAAUAAAACUAAUUUUGAUUUUAUUGAAGAGCCAGAUAAUGGUGAUAGUUUUAAUAAGACACUGUGUGAUAAUGAUAUUGUUAUAUCUGAUGAUGAAUUGUCAUGUAAAAAUUGUAAAUAUGAUGAUAGUAUUAUUGAGGAUCCAGAAAAUAAUAACAACGAUAAAACAAUUGUUCAAGAUGAAGAUAAUUCACGUAUAAAAAAUAAUAUUGAAGAGCCAAUUGAUGAUUUGGCAGUUGAAAAUAAUAAAGAACAUUUGAAUGAAUGUGUUGAAGAAGUAAUUGAAGAUCCAGAUGAUGAUGGUGGUAAAAAAAUCCAUGAUCAAGUUGAUGAAAUUGUUCAGGAUUAUUCAGAGACUGAUUCUGAUAAAACAUACUGGUCAAAUAGUAAAAAUGAACAGCAAGAUUUAUCACAAAAAAUAUCACAGGUAUCACCAAGUCUUCAAGGUUCAUUGUUGGAAAUAACAAAUAGUGAUUUUAAUAUAUUAAGUUGUGAAUCAACUAUUUCAAGACCAUCUGAUUCAACAAUUAAUCCAAUAGCUGUUAAUCCAGUUAUGAAAAAGAAACAAAAAGCUAAAAAAGGAACAUUGGAGGGAAAAGUACAGACACUUGUUAGUAAUCAAGUAUCAUUUCUUCGUAUUUGGAGGCAUCAAAUGUCACAGGCUAGAUUUCAAGGAGCAACAACAGCACAAUGUGUUAAAUUAAAAAUAACAAAUAUUAUUCAUAAAUAUCAUAGGCAAAUAUUUUAUGGUGUUAUUAUUGAUGAUACACAUGGUCUAUUUGAUAAAUCAAUUGACAAAACAAGCUCAUCACAAUCAAGUCAAUGUAAAAAUUCAAAUGAUUAUUUGAAUAGAUUAAUAACCAUCAUAACAUCACCAGAAAUUGUUGGUAAAUUAAAUUUUGAAGGUAGUAAAAUAUUAAGAAUUUAUCCACCUUGGGAUGUUAUUGAUUAUGAUAAGCUAAUAUUAAGCUGUUUAUAUUUUAAUGUUGUUAAUGAUAAACAUCAUGAUACUGAUGAUCAUUUUAAUGACAACAAUGUUAUUAGAGUUGUUAAAAAAUUUAAUUGUCCUUGUAUUAAAGCUAGGAAAAUGACUGAUAAUUGCAAUGUCAAAUUAACUAAUUCAAAUUUAAAACCAAAUGUCAUUCAAUACUUGUUUGAUCAUUGAAUUUAUUUUUAUCAAAUUUUAUUAUUAUAAUUAUUCUUUUUUAUCAUUUUUAUUUAUCAAAGACAUGUAAUUGUUUAAUAUUUUUAUUUAAUAAUUUUCGAGUUAUUUAAUUCAUAAAAAUUAUAGAUAAAAAUAAUUUAAAUUCAAUAAUUGAUUGAAAAUUUUAUAAUCAUUGUUAAAAAAAAAAAAAACCAAGAUACCUGUUAAUUCUUUUGUUUAUUUUUAAAAAUAAAAUUAAACAAUUUAAAUUUACUUGAUUUUUUUUGUUAUUAUUACAAAGCUAUGGAAUUUCGAUUUUA